AGAACGACAAAUGGUGCUCACAAAGCCUAAAUCGAUACUGUGGGUUUUUGUUAGUGACCGAACCAAACCGGACCACCUCAUCCGGUUGAGACACUAUUUUUUUUUUUCGUACGCCGUUUCCAGUUUCCACGGGCCUCUACUGUGCACACGUACAACACCACUUAAAACGGUCGACAGUGAAAUCUUCAACGUUCAACGUCAUCGAAAGGAUGAGAUUCCUCGGCUGACAUUUUUGACGCGGUACCGGGAUCUUCCCUUGUUACGCGCCGCCAUAUUAACCCACGCGCUUCCCAACUUCUCUACAACGCCCCCACCCCGAUCAACAACCUUUCUUGAUUCUCCUUUUCUCUCCUUUCCUUUCUGCCUUUCCCUUUUUCCCUUUUCGAAUCUCGUCCGUCUCUAUACUUGUAUAUUCUGCCUGCGAGCCGUCUCUGUAGUUAAAUUUCCCACUUUGUGGGUUAGAUCUGAAGAUCCGAACUGAUUUUCAGGAGGUGGUUUUUGAAUUUAAUGAAAAGGCAGCAUCUGAUGAUCGGUAGAUGGGAGGAGUCACCUCAUCGAUCGCCGCGAAAUUCGCGUUCUUCCCGCCAAAUCCCCCUUCAUACACGGUAGUAGCAGACGAAUCGUGCGGCGGCCAGCUUUACAUGCCGGAGGUUCCACGGAGGGACGAUGUCGACGUUUUGAAGCUACGCACUCGCCGCGGAAACGACAUCGUUUCGGUCCACAUCAAGCACCCAAAGGCAGCGGCUACUCUUUUGUAUUCUCACGGAAAUGCGGCGGAUUUGGGGCAGAUGUUCGAGCUCUUUGUCGAAUUGUCAAAACGCCUCCGCAUUAAUCUAAUGGGGUAUGAUUAUUCUGGCUAUGGUCAAUCAACUGGGAAGCCUACUGAAUGUAACACAUAUGCUGACAUUGAUGCUGCAUAUAAAUGCCUGAAGGAGCAGUAUGGAGUUAAAGAUGAACAAUUGAUACUAUAUGGUCAGUCUGUUGGUAGUGGACCCACGCUUGACCUGGCUUCACGCUUACCAAACUUGAGAGGUGUGGUUUUACAUAGCCCAAUUUUGUCUGGAAUGAGGGUGUUGUACCCUGUCAAAAGAACAUAUUGGUUUGACAUUUACAAGAAUAUCGACAAAAUUGGUUUGGUGAACUGUCUGGUUCUGGUAAUUCAUGGGACAGAAGAUGAAGUUGUUGAUUGUUCCCAUGGAAAGCAGCUUUGGGAACUUUGCAAGCACAAGUAUGAACCCUUAUGGGUAAGUGGAGGAGGACACUGCAAUCUCGAGCUUUAUCCACAAUUCAUCAGACAUUUGAAAAAAUUUGUACAAUCACUUGGCAAGUCAAAAGAAGCUGCAAAUGGUUCUAAAAAGACAACAGUAGAUUCAGACAGUCAGAGCAAACCAUCUGAAAGGGAAACUACAGAUAGUUUUCAAUUGGGGUCUGACCUUCCAGAAAUGUCUAGAAACAGUUUAGAUAGUCGACUUGAGAAGUCUAAGAAGGCAAAAAAUAAGCCUGAAAAAUCUCGCAUGAGCACUGACCGCUUUGAUAGGUUUAGGAGAAAAAAGGGCUUAGUCUGGUGACAUACACAAAGGGCAUCUUAAAUAAAUUACGAGCAUUCAUCCACUGAAGAAGGUAAUUCACCUUUGCCACCAGCUUUUGUAUUAUUGCGUUAAAGCCCAGCAUAAAUUAUCUGAUUGUGUGUGUAAUUUCUCAUAAAUGUUAUUAUUUCUUGUAUGUUCCUCAGAACAUAACCCAGGUCAAGUAAGAUCUGAUACUUGAAUUCUUCUGUAAAAACAGUAGCCUUAUUUGAAAUGAAAAUAUUGUACUAUU